AUGUCGUCGUCAACGUGGAAUCCAGCUAGCUUAUCAUCAUUCAUAUUUGACCGUAAUCGAUAUCGACGUAGUGCAAGUGAGCAAACACAUACAGUAACAACGCAUGAAUAUCAUAGUUAUCGACGAAGAGAAUCACCGUGUCCAUAUCAAAGUCAUUGUGAAUAUUGUCCUUGCAUAAAUUGUCGUCUUUAUCGUCAACCAUCCUAUCGACAUCAUAUGAGUCGACGUCAAACAUCAAGUUUUACACCAGAUGGGCGUAAAGAAUUUUAUUCUAGCGCUCAUUCUAUACGAGAUGAAAUGAGGAAAGGUAGUCCAACGGGUAUUGGGAUAGCGCUAAAUUCAUUUCGUCAAUUUUCACCACAAACUGAAUAUCAACAGAGGCAGCAGCAGCGACGUCGACAGCAACAACAACAACAACAACAACAACAACAACAGCACCAACAAGCUUAUCAGCCUCAUCAUUUUCAUGAUUAUAAUGAAUAUGAACGUCAACGACAAGAACGUUUGUUACAGAUCAAUCGGCGCAGCACACGAGAAGUUCAACCAGGUGAUCAAGCUGUACCAAGUGCUACUAGUACUAGUCGAUAUGACGAGGCUGUCAUCAAGCGAAGAUAUGUCUUCGCUGACGUCCUCGAGAGCGAACGAUCAUAUGUUGCUGAUCUUCAACGUAUUAUUGAAAUUUAUCUAUAUGAAUUAACUCGUCAAGAAUGCCCGUGGUUCGUCAAAGAAAAAAAAGAUCUUUUAUUUAGCAACAUCGAAGACAUAUUCGCAUUCCACAAAGUACUAUUCUUGAAUGACUUAACUAAUGCUAUUGAACAUGAGCCAAAGGAAUUGGCUUCUGUAUUUUUACGUCGACGAGAUCAAUUUUUAAAUCUUUAUUCUCAGUAUAUGUAUGAUCGUUCACGAUCUGAACAUGUACUACAAACAAAUCCAAAUAUUCAACGUUAUUUUGAUGAAUUAACACAACGAUUAGGUUUAUCAAGUGAUUUAACACUUAAUAAUUUACUUAAUCGACCUAUACAACGACUUGAAAAAUAUAAAAAUAUUUUACAAGAAAUGGUUAAAUAUACAAAUCGUAUGCGUGAAGAUAGUACAAUAUUUCAACAAGCUUAUACAAUGAUAAGCAAUGUUAUAAACGAUGCACGACAACGUGAUGCAACUGAACUUAUUGAUAAUAUACCAUUUACCAAUGAACAAUUAGGAGAUCUAAAACGUCAUGAUGUGGUUUUAAUUAAAACAGCCGAUCAUGAUCUUGAUUCAGUCAAUGAAAUUGGUACACGUUUACGUGAAAGAUUUUUAUAUUUGUAUCGUCAUAAAAUUGUUUUAUGUCGACGUAAACGUGCGGAUAGUCGAUUGGAAUCGAGAUCAUUAGCAUUCAAACAAGCAUAUAAUACAAAUGAAAUAACUUUUAUUCAAGAAAACUUUCCUGAUGAUGAUAAAAAAUUUGAAAUAACAUUUAAUGAUAAUGAACGUGUUACAUUUCAUGCUCGAAAUGCUUUUUCGAAAAUGUCUUUAGUUAGAGCAUUAAGAGAUAAUCUUAAGUCUCUUGGUUUUGUCGAAGAAAUUGAAAUGGUUGAGACAACUGAAACUGAAGAUGACACACGACAAAAACGUUCGACAGUAAAAAAACGUACAAUGGACGUUUUAGAAUCAACAAUAUUAGAACAACAAAAACGUGGUCGUUCAUCAGGACAGACAACAUCUGGUACAUCAGAUUUUUAUUCUGUUGGAAGUGAAACUGAAUCAAGUUAUCAAACAGCUGGGGAAACGGAAGAUUUUAAACCAAAAUUUCUGAAAAAAUUAAAUGAUACAUUAGCAACAGAGGGUGAUUUUGUCACAUUAGAAUGUAUUGUUGUUAGUACAACACCAGUACAUGCUACAUGGUUCAAAAAUAAUAUUCCUUUACAAGAUAAUGCUGAUUGUAGAUUAAUACAAGAAGAUAAACGUUUUCAAAUACACAUUAAAGAAGCUUUUGUUGAAGAUGGAGGUGUUUAUUCAAUAAAAAUUUCUAAUCAUGCCGGAACAGUUAUUUGUAGCUGUAAAUUAUUUGUACGAGAAGAAACAAGUGAUGAACGAACAAUACGCGAUGAUUUAGUUAUUCGUGAAGGUUCAUCACCUGAAGCAAAAAAAGAUACAACUGAUAAUGAAGAAGAAUUACGUAUAACAGAAAUGACAUAUGAUCAAACUGGUGCAUAUAAACUAACACCACAUAUUGGUCGAGCACCAAUUUUUCUUCAAUCACUUAUGCCAAUUAUUUCUAAAGCUGGAGAUAUUGUUACAUUGAAAUGUACUGUUACAGCAACACCCAUGCCAUCUGCUAUUUGGUAUAAAAAUGGUCAAGAAAUUCAGCCAGGUGGUCGUUAUUCAGUAUUUCAGGAUCAAAAUGGAACUUAUUCAUUAGUUAUUUCGGAUGCUUUACCACAAGAUUCAGGUUCAUAUGAAAUUACAGUACGAAAUCAAUAUGGUACAGCAAAUUCAAAAACAAAUUUACAAAUUCUUGAACGUGAAAGUGUUUUUAUUCCAAUACCAGCAACUCGAGUAUCAACAGAAGAACAUGGAACAGCUAAAUUAUCAUGUGCAGUUAAACGUCCAGAUGUUUAUGUUGAUUGGUAUAAAGGUGAACAAGCAUUAUUUAGUGAAAAACAAGAAGAAAAUCAUAAAUAUAAACGUGUCGAUGAUGGUUUACAAAGAGAAUUAAUUGUUAAAAAUGUCUCAACAGAUGAUCAAGGAGAUUAUGUUUGUCAAGCAGAUAAAUAUCGUGUUACACUUCAUCUUAAUGUUCAAGGACCUGCUGCUGAAUUUGUACGUCCACUUGAAAAUAUUGAAGUAACAGAAAAUAAUGAAGCCGUUUUUGAAUGUCAAUUAUCAAAAGAAGAUGCUCAAGUUGAAUGGUGGUUUCGUGGAAUACCGAUUGUUACAUCACAACAUCAUUUAAUUGCAUCACGUGGUUAUAUUCGUCAAUUGAUUAUACCAAAAGUUGCUAUGAAUGAUGAAGGUGAAUAUUCAAUACGUGUUGAUAAUAAAAAUACCUCAACUGCUCAAUUAUUUGUCAAAGAACAACCAAUUAUAUUUCGUCGUCCAUUACGUUCACAAAUUAUUGAAGAAAGUUCAUUAACAGUAUCUAAUAAUGCUGUUUUUGAAUGUGAACUUAAUAAACCAUUAAAACAAAUGUUAUGGUUUAAAUCAAAUGUUCAACAUUUAGCUCCAUCAGAUAAAUAUCAAAUAGAAUCAUUUGCAAAUGGUCUUAUUCAUCGAUUAACUAUUCGUAAUGUUAAUUUACGUGAUGAUGGAGAAUAUACAGCAUCAACUGGAUUAAAUACAUCACAAGCUCGACUUACUAUUGAAUCAUUAUUACCAGUUUUUAUUGUACCAUUAAUGGAUGCACGUGCUAAUACACGUGAAACAGUUAAAUUAUCAUGUGAAACAAGUAAUUCUUGUCAAGUUAUAUGGACACAUCGUGGCAAGAAAAUUAUUGAAAAUAGUUAUAAAUAUACAAUAGGAAACUUUAAUAAUUCAACGUUACAUACUCUUGAUAUUGAUGAUUUGGAUUUACGUGAUCAAGGUGAAGUUUUAUGUUCGAUAGCACAACAUCCAUCUGUUGCAACAACUUGUAAACUACUUGUUGAAGAUGCUCAACAACAAUCGGCAUUUUUUACACCAUUAAAACCAUUUAUGGAAGUUGGUCGUGGCCAAGAUGCAAUACUUGAAUGUGAAACAUAUGAAUCAACAUAUUUUCAAUGGUUUAAAGAUGGUACAACAUUGACGCAAACAAGUAAUAAAUAUCGAACAGUCGGUGAUGAAAAACAUUCAACAUUAAUUGUCAAACAAUUUACUGAAUAUGAUGAAGGUGUUUAUACAUGUGUAACACGAGAAGGUAAAUCAACAUCGACAACAAUUCGAACAGUUAUUCAUCGUGAACGAACACCACGUAGUGAAGAACGUUUUGGUUCAUAUAUGAAAAUUGAUUCACCACGUGCAAGUCAAACACCUGAGUUAGGUGGUUAUCGUUCAAGUGUGAGUCCAACAGCUCCUCGUUAUAUACCAUCAUUAGGUGAUGAUGAUCGACGUAGAUCACCACGUUUUGAAGAAACACGACGAACAAAAAAGAUUACAAUACAUGAAACAAGUGAACAACGUGUAUCUUCAGGACCUAGACCAGGUACAACAAAAUCUCGUCCAAGUGCAAGUCCAAGUCCACAACGUGAAUAUAUUCGUAGUGGUUAUUCAUCAGGAACAAGUCCUGAACGAGAACGUAUAUCAAUGCCACGUCAUUUUUCUCCAUCGACAACAUAUAAAUCAUCAAGUCAAUUACAAGAAUUUAGUCAUUAUAUUGAUCGUAGUUCACAAUCUCCAUCACCAUCACCAACACGUAAAACAAGUAUCACACUUACAAAUGUUACUCCAUCAGCAAAAAUGCCACCUGUCUAUGAAGAACAAGAUGAACAUCAACGACAUCGUACAUCUGUUACAUUUUCACCAAGUCGAUCACCAGCUCGACAACCAUCAACACGUACAUCAGUUGAACGAAAAGUUGUUGAAAUGCAGAUACCAAUGAGUCCAACUAUGCCACGUCAUGAAUUAAAACAUGCACCAUAUCGUGAAGAAUCUAUACCGGAAGAACGUAUACAAUUUCUUGAUAGUGAAACAUAUGAUAAACAGACACCAAUAUUUCAUCGUGAAGAACCAUAUGGUUUAAGUACAUCACGUGUACAAAUAACUGAAACAUUAGCAAUGGUACAAAUAACUCAACCAUUAGUUGAUACACGUGUUGAACAAGGUAAACCAUUACGACUUGUUGUUGAAACAUCUCAACCAUCAAGUGAAGCUACUUGGUUUAAAACUGAUAUUUAUUCAACAGCACCUAACCAAGCUAAAAAAUUAGAUGAAAAUGGCAAAUAUCAUAUGAUAACACAAGGUACAAGACAUAUUCUUAUUGUUCCAAAUGCUACAAGUGAUGACAAUGGUGAAUAUAUAUGUCGAAUACAAAAUGCUAUGACACGUGCACAAGUACAAGUAACUAAUGAAGAUUUACAAUUUAUUCGACGUUUACCACCAUCAAUUGAUGUUAUUGGUGGACGUGAUAUUAUUAUUGAAUGUGAAAUGAAUAAAAUGGAUACACAAGCUAUAUGGAAAAAAGAUAAUGAAUUGAUUCGAGCUCCUCAAAAAUUUAUUCCAGUAUCAGAAAAUAAAAAACAUAAAUUAAUUAUUAAAGAUGCAAGUAGUGAAGAUUCUGGUCUUUAUACAGUUAUUGUUAAUGAUCUUGAAUCAACAACAUAUGUUAAUGUAACACCUGAACCAUUACUUAUAUUAAAACCACUUCAAGAUCAACGUGUACAUUCAGGUGAUACAGUUACAUUUACAUGUGUUUGUUCCAAAGCUCCUAAAACUGUACAAUGGUAUUUAAAUGGUUAUCCAUUACCAAUAAAUGAACGUUAUCAAACAAAAUUAAUUGAUCGUGAAAUACAAUUAACAAUAAAUAAUGUACAAGAAUCUGAUAUUGGAACAAUAACAUGUUGUUUAAAUAAUACAAUAACAACAGCAAAUUUAACAUUAGAUGAUAAAGAUAAAACAUUAAAAUUUAUUAAAUUAUUAGAAGAUGAUGAUACAGGACAUAUUCAAGUUGAUUCACCAUUUAUGCUUGAAUGUCGAACAAAUCGACCAACAUAUCAAAUUCGAUGGUUUAAAGAUAAUAGAGAAAUUAGUCAAUAUGAUCAAGUUAUGAGAACAAUUUCCGAUGGAUGUACACAUGUACUUCAAAUUUCUCGUGCUCAACCUGACCAUACUGGUCGAUAUCGUUGUGUUGUUACUGAUUCACUUGAAACUUCUUGUCAUAUAACAGUUCGUGAACCUGAAUAUCGUUUUACUCAAUCAUUACCUUCAAAUAUUCAAUUUUCACCUCAAACUGAUCGAUCAUUAACACUUGAUGGUACACUUAAUCGAAAACCAACACAAAUUCAAUGGUUUAAAAAUAGUAUUGAAAUAUUUCCAUCACGAAAACAUGAAAUAGUUAAUGAACAUCAUGUUGUUGCCUUAAUUAUUCAUGAUUUAUCACCAGAUGAUCAAGGUUUAUAUCGUUGUGUUAUUGCUAAUGGACAAGCUGUAAAUGAAUGUCAAGUAUCAAUGAAUUUAAUGACAGAAAGUGAUCGUCGUUUAAUAAAACCAUUACAAGAUCAAAAUAUAUAUGUACAUGAUACAUGUACAUUACAUGUACAAUUUCAAGGUGAUGCACCUGAUGUUAAAUGGUAUAAAAAUGGUCAAGAAAUUUAUCCAAAUCAAAAAUAUCGUUUAGUACGACAUGGAAAUGAACAAACAUUAAUUAUAGAUGAUUGUCAAUUAACACAGGAUCAAGCUUAUUAUAGUUUACGUUUAGCUACAAAUCCAAAAGUUGAUUUAACAUCAUGUUAUGUUCAAGUUAAAGAUAAAUAUGUUACUAUAACAAAACAUCUUGAACCACAAAGAUGUAUUUUAGGACAAAAACAACAAGUUCAAUUUGAUUGUGAAACAACACCAACAGAUAAAAAACCGGUUUGGCUUUUUAAUAAUCAACCAAUUGAUAAUUCAUCAAAAUAUGAAUUAGUAUCAACAGAUAAUACACAUCAUUUAUUAUUUAUUCAUCAACCUGAAUUAUCUGAUCAAGGACAAUAUACAAUAUCAUUUCCUGAAAGUAAUCAAUCAUCAACAGCUAAUUUACAAGUUUUACAAACCCCAUCAACAUUAGAAUUUAUUCAACCACUUGAUGAAGUAUUUUUAUGUGAAGAAGGUGAUAAUUUUGUACUUGUUACACGUACAAAUAAACCAACACAAGUUAGUUGGAUGAAAAAUGGUUAUAAAUUAUCAACGAAAACAAAAUUAGAUUCAUUACCAACGAAUGAACAUCGUUUAACAAUUGACAAAGCACAAAAAAUUGAUCAUGAAGGUAUUUAUACAUGUAUUAUUGAUGCAAAUAAUAUUGCAACACAAUGUCAUGUUAAAAUUCUUGAACGUGAAUUACAAUUAAUUCAACCAUUACCAAAACAAAUACGUUUAAAUGAACAUGAUACAUUAACAUUAAUAUGUGAAACAAAUCGUAAACCAAAAAAAGUUCAAUGGUUUAAAGAUCAAUCAAAUAUACCAUUAGAAACAAAUAAUUCAUUAAUGAUUAUUAAUGCUGAUGAAACAUGUACAUUAAUUAUUAAUAAUGCUAAUAAAUUUGAUUCAGGUACAUAUACAUGUCGUCUUGAAGAUCGUUUAAUAACUGUUUCGGAUGUUAAAAUACAUGAAUCUGCUGUACAAUUUGUUGAUGGUCCACAAUCAUAUCUCGUUUGGAGACGACGAGAAGAUGGACCUGUUGUUAAUAUAAGUUGUACAUUAAAUAAACCAAAUGUACCAGUUAAAUGGUUUCGUGAAAAUCAAGAAAUUCGACCAGAAUUAAAUAAUAAAUAUGAAGUUAUAUCUGAAGGUACUAUUCAAUGUUUAUUAAUACAUGAUGCACAAAAAGAAGAUUCAACUAAAUAUGUUAUUUCAUUGGGAACUACAUAUCGUGCAUGUCAUCUUGAUGUUGUUGAUGAUACGGGAUUGUCAACCGAUGAUGAAAGUUUUGAUCGUGUUGUACAACCUUUAUUUCCUCUUCAACGACAAGAAGUUAUGGAAGGUGAUUCUCUAACAAUUGAAGUAUCACCUGACAGUGAUCUUCGACUAACAUCAUCAAAUCAAUUUCGUUUAUUAAAAAAUAAUCAACCUGUAGUUGAUGAUUCUCAUAUACAAUUAGAACGUGAUACUUCAUCAAUUGAUUCGAAUCGAUGGGUUAUUCGUUUAGUUGAUGUUGAUCUAAAAGACUCAGGUGUUUAUUCAAUUGAAAUAAAUAAUCAAAUUCGACAAGAUUUACUUGAUUUAUCUGUUAAAAAACGUCCAAUACAACGACAAUUUAUAACAUUACCAAAAGAUGAAUUUUAUUUACAUGAAACAAUAACACUUGAAUGUAAAUUUGAACGACCAAUAAAAACAAAAAAUCUUUUACCAACGUGGUUUAAAAAUGGUCGUCCAAUACAACCGUCUAAUCAUUAUUUAAUUAAUGUUGAAAGUUCAAUAAAAGAUGGUCCAACAAAAUAUUCAAUAACAAUUAAAAAUGUUGAUUUUAGUGAUGAAGGUAUCUAUGAAUUACGUAGUGAUUAUCUUAUUGUUGAAACUCCAUUUGUUCGUAUUAUUGAAAGACCUACUCAACCAGCACCAUUACGUACAGUAACUGAAGGUGAUAGUCUUCAAAUCGAUGUUAAUAUUGAUCAAAAGGAUUAUCAACAAAUUUCACCAGAUGAUUUACUUAAUCAAAUAACAGUAUUAAAAGAUAAUCGUCCAAUAAUAAAUAAACCUGAAAUAAAUAAAUGGUUUGAUGGUAAAGAAUUUAACUUAGAAUUAAAAAAUUUAUCAUUAAAUGAUCGUGGUUUAUAUGAAAUUGAUAUUCAAGGACAACGUACAUCAAUAUGUUUACUUGAUGUUAAAGAACGACAGCCAGAUGUAUUUUUACUUGAUUUAGAUCGAAAUACAUUUGAAGAAGGUGAAACAAUACGUUUAGCAUGUACAUUUCCACAACGACCAGGUCCAAUUGCAAAUUGGUUUAAAGAUGGACAUUUAAUACAUCCAAAUGAAAAUAUACAAUUAAUUGAUGAAAAUAAUACAUUAACUAUUGUUAUACGUAAUGCUAAACGUACAGAUUCAGGUGUUUAUGAAGUUCGUAUUGGUCCAGUUAUAGCACGAGCACCUAUGAUUUAUGUUAUACCUAAACGAGAACAACCGGAUAUACCUGUACAAAAUGUUCGAGAAGGUGAUACAGUUACAUUAUCAGUUGAAGGUUUACAAACAAAUGUUAGACCACAAGAUAUUCAAUUAUUAAAAAAUGGGAAACCAAUAGUACCUUCACAAAAACCAAAGACAUCGAUUAAACGAGAAGAUGAUAAACUUCGUAUUAUAUUACAAACAUUAGGACUUGAUGAUUCAGCAUUAUAUAGUGUACAAAUUCAAAGUGAUAUUCAUCCAUUAGCACAAAUUGUUGUUGAACCACGUCAACCUGAAAUUCAACAAAUGCAACUUGAACAAGAUACAUUUUAUAUUGGUGAUACAGUUACACUUGAUUUAGAAUUUACAAAUGAACCAACAGAACAACCACGUUGGACAAAAGAUAAUAUUCUACUUCGAAAUAAUGAACGAGUAUCAAUUGAAACUAUUGGAAAUCGAGUUACUUUAAUUGUACGAGAUUUACGAUUAGAUGAUGCUGGUGUUUACGAAGUUCAAAGUGGUCCAUUAAUUGUUCGUACACCAUUUAUAAAUGUCGUCGAACGUCCACAUGAUGUAACUGAAAUUGUUGAUGAAACAAUAACAUAUACAAUUACACCAAAUCGUCCAUUACCACCUGUUGAAACAAAAGUUUGUACAAUAAAAGAAGGUGAUGAUGUUACACUUAAAAUAAGUUCUCCAACACCAAUAACAAUAAAUGAUGUUCAUUUAUAUAAAAAUGGUCAACCAAUUCCAAUUGAUAAUGAAACACGAAAACAUAUUCGUCUUGAACAAUUUGGAAAUAAAGAUGUUCGUUUAACAAUAACAAAUGCACGUUUAAUUGAUGCUGGUGAUUAUAGUGCAGUAAUUAAUGAUAAUAUGCAAUCAAUAAUAAAACUUGAUGUUCAACCACGUGAAUUACAAAUACAAAUGAUUAAUUUACCACAAGAUACAUUUAAAGAAAAUGAAACAUUAAAAAUUGAUUGUCGAUUUCCACAAUCAAAUAUAAAUACAGAUUAUAAAUGGUAUAAAGAUAAUCAACCAAUAAUUCCAAAUGAUCGUAUUGUAAUGAAAAAAGAUACAAAUAGUGAUUCAUUAACUAUUCUUAAUUUACAAAUAAGUGAUGCUGGUGUUUAUGAACUUCGAAAUCCAAAUAAUAUUUUACGUACACCACCAAUUAAAGUAAUUUCUACUGAGAAAAAAAUUAAUAUCGAAGAAUUACGACCACAAGUUAGUUCAAAACUUGUUCAUGAAGGUGAUACUGUUACUUUUGAAUUAACACCAAAUUUUGAUGUACCAUUAAAUAAAAUAGAAUUAUUUCAUGAAGAAAGUCCUAUAACACAUGAACCACAUGUUCAUAUGAAAAAAGAUUAUAAAACAAAUUCUAUAACUGUACAAAUUGAAGAUAUUAAAAUACCUGAUCAUGGUUUAUAUACAGCUAUUGUACAAGGUCAAUCUGUACCAUUAGCUGAAUUAAUUGUUGAACCACGACCAACAAUAAUACAAAAUAUGGAUUUACCUAAAGAAGUUUUUUAUACCGGUGAACGUCUUGAACUUGAAUGUGAAUUUCCACAAGUACCAAAGGGUGAUCAACCAAAAUGGUUUAAAAAUAAUCAACUAUUACAACCAACACCAAAUAUACAUUUAUUAACAGAAAAUAAUGGACGAAAACAUUCAUUAAUUAUUGAUCAUUUAAAACCAGAAGAUACAGGACAAUAUGAAUUAAGAGUUAAAGGCUUAAUUGUUCGUACACCAUUAAUACGUGUUAUUCAACGUGAACAACCACAAAUUGAUCAACAACCAAGUCCAUAUAUUGUUACUGAAGUUGAAGAUGAUCAAGAUAAAUAUAAACUUAAACCUGAACAACCACAAAGACGAAUAAGUCAAGUUGUUAUUGAAGAUAUUACCAGUCAACAAAAUAUUCCAUCUUCACCAAUAUCUCGUGAAAAUAUACAACGAGUUCAAGAAGGUGAUUCAAUACAAUUAAAAGUUGUUAGUACACUUGAUGUAAAACCAAAUCAAAUUCGUUUAAUACAUGAUGGUGUACCAAUUGAUACGAAAAAACGUUCAUCAAUUAUUGUUCAUCGUGUAUCACCUGGUAAUUAUACUGUAUCAUUACUUAAUCUACGUGUAUCAGAUUCUGGUAAAUAUGAAUAUCAAGUAGAAGGUGCUCCAACACCUAAACAUUUAGUUACACUUUAUGUUGAACCACGAGCAAUAAAAGAAAAAACUCUUGAUAUACCACAAACAACAUUUAAUGUUGGUGAAUCAAUUUUAUUUAAAGUUGAUUUUGAUGAAAAAGAUCAAAUAACUGAAAUACCUAAAUGGUAUAAAAAUGAAAUGUUUAUACCAAUUGAUACAAGUCCAAGACAUAAAUUAACUAUUGAUCGUAUUACUCGUACACAUACAUUUGAAAUAUAUAAUUUACAAGUAGAAGAUAGUGGAGUUUAUGAGAUGCGUACACCUAAUUUAACAGUUAAAACACCUGAAAUUAAAGUUAUACCUAAACCAGGACCAAAACCAACUGAAGAAGAAAUUCGUCCAGCACAAGAAGUUAUUCGAAAAUCAUCUGUUACAAUUGAUAUGAAAAAACCUAAAGAACAAUUAGUUGAAACACAACCAGUCGAAGAAUUUCAACCUGUUGAUGAAAAUAUACCUGUUCAUGAAGUAACUGAAGGUGAUAUGAUGCAUUUAACUGUUGAAAAACCUUCAAAUGUUCAUUUAUCUGAUAUCAAAUUAUUUAAAAAUAAUCAACCAUUAAUACCAUCAAAGAAUAUUCAUACUGAAACAACAUCACCAACAACAAUUGAUAUUAAAUUUUCACCUGUUGAAUUAAUUGAUAAUGGUUUUUAUUCAAUUAAAAUACGUGAUCAAAUUCAACCAAUUAUGCAAUUAAAUGUACGUCAAAAACCAAUACAAAGACAAAUUAUGAAUUUACCACAAGAUACAUUUAUUGAAAAUGAAACAUUAACUAUUGAAUGUAAAUUUGAUUCAAAACCAAAUACAGAAUUUAUUUGGACAAAAGAUGGUUCAAUUUUAUAUAAUGAUUCAAGAAUAAUUAUUAAACAAAAAAAUGAAACAUUUACAUUAAUUAUUAAAGAUUUAAAAUUAUCUGAUCAAGGUGUUUAUUCACUUGAAAGUAAAUAUUUAAUAUUGGAUACACCAUUUAUUCAUAUCUUACCUAAACAACAACCACAACAACAACCAACUGUUCAAAUUCAACGUGAUGAAACAACAGUAACUAUGCAGCCAAGUGUAACGGUUGCUGAUAAAGUUGAAGAAAUAAAAAUAAAAGAACAACCAUUAGAACAAGUACCAGCACCUACCGCUGUAAUUGAAUCAAAAGCGAAGAAACCAGAUGAAACAAUAACGACAACAACAACAAUUGAACAACAAGAACAAGAACCAUCAGUUAUAGUUAGUGCACCAGUUGUUAAACCUGAACCAACGAAAGAAGAAAUUAUUGUUCAAACUCAACAACCAGUUCCAGUUGAACAAGUUGUGGAAGUUAAAACAACAACUGUUGAAGAAACUCAACCACAACCAAAAUUAACUGUAACUGAACAACAAGAACAAAUCAUUGAGCAGCCAAUUGUUACUCCUGUCGAACGACCAAAACCUUCUGUUGAAACUCAACCAGAACAACCUGUUACAACAACGACUCAAGUCGAAGAACAACCUUUACCACAAGUUACAACCGAUAUAUCAUCGACUAAACCAAAAACAGAGGAACAACCAAUUUCGACAACUAAAACGAUCGUAAUUGAUGAAAGAAAAACUUCUACUAUUGAAAAACCUGUUGAACAACCAUCCGUAAUCGAAAUUGUUGAACAGAAAAAAUCGAUCGAAAAACCACGGACAACUCCAGAGGUCAUAAAUGAAGAAAAGCCUACUAACGAGGAUCAACAAGUAUACGAGACGAAACCUCAGAUACCUGAAGUUACAAAACAUAUCGACAAGCUAGAUGAAAAGACUAUACCUACUACUGAUAUCACGACUUCACAGGAACAAAUAAGUCCUGUCGUGACUACUGAACAAGAAACGAUACCAACUGAAAAACAGAUUGAAACUACCGUCUCAAUCGAACAAAAACAACCAGAAAUACCUAUUGAUACUGUGCGCAAAUUGGAAGAACAACAAGAAAUAAUAACUACAACUGAACAGAUUAUCGAGACACCAUUAGAUAAGAAGCCUGAACUUGAAAAACCAACAGUUGAACAAACAAUAAUCAAAGAGGAGGAAACAAAAAUAAUAACAGACACUACUCCUCGCAUAGAAGAGCUUACUGAAGAACACAAACUUAUCAUAGAACAACCAAAAGUUUCCGAAGAAACUGUAAUAGUUAUUGAAGAAAUACGACAAAAGGAAGAGGCACCUGCCGUAGAACAACCAAAACAAGAAAUUCCAAAACUAUCAGAGACACUCCCUGAAGUGUCAACUACGACAGUUCAAAAAAAAAUAAAAACUGUUGAAGAACAGCAGUUACCUUCAAUUGAACAACCAACUGUUGAACAAACUAUCAUCACCGAUGAAGUAACCACAACCGAAACUAUUCCGAUAGUUAAAGAAACCCCUACUACUAUAGAAGAAGUCAUUCAAAAAGAUGUUUCUCCUGUCAUAGAGGAGAUACAAAAACCUACUGAAAAAAGACCAAUUAUUGAAGAAGUCAUUGAAGAAAACCCGAAGCCGGCGACUACAGUAACCGAAGAAGUGACUACCAUUGAGGAGAUCAUUCAAGAAACAAAAGUACCAGUCGAAGAACAACCGGAACAGCCCAUUCAACCUACUUCCACAACAGAGGAAGUAAUUGAAGAAGCUCUAAAAGUGCCAACUACAAUUGUCGAAGAGAAAUCAGAAACAAAACCUACUGAACAGAUAACAACAAUUGUUAAAGAGGAAACAAUAACAGAAAAAGAAAAGCCAAUAACAGAUGAACGAAUUGAAGAAAAACCUACUGUUCAAGAAAUUGUCACAACAGAAGAAGUAACCAUAACUGAAACUAUUCCGACGAUUAAAGAAACUCCUACUACUACAGAAGAAGUCGCUACUACUAAAGAGUUUAUCGAAGAAAAACCGAAAACGCCUACAACAAAUAUUGAAGAAACGAUCAUCACUGAAGAAGUUAUUCAAGAAGAGAAAGUACCAGUUAAAGAACAACCGAAAUAUCCAACUGAAACGGCUUCUACUACAGAGGAAGUUAUUGAGGAAACUUCGGAAGUGCCAAUUACAGUAGUCGAAGAGAAAUCAGAAACAAAACCUACUGAACAGAUAACAACAGUCGUUGAAGAAGAAACAAUAAAAGAAAAAGAAAAACCAAUAACAGAUGAACGAAUUGAAGAGAAGCUUAGAGUUGAAAAAAUUAUUUCUGACAUACCAACUAAAACUGUUGAAGAACAGUUAAUUUCACCCGAAAAACCAGCUAUUGAAGAAACUAUUACAACAGAAGAAGUAACCAUAACUGAAACUAUUCCGACGAUUAAAGAAACUCCUACUACUACAGAAGAAGUCAUUCAAAAGGAUAUUUCUCCUAUCAUCGAGAAGACAGAAAAACCUACUGAAAAAAUACCAAUUGUUGAAGAAGUUACUACUACUGAAAAAGUCAUUGAAGAAAAACCGAAGCCAACAACUACAGUAGUUGAAGAAGUGACUACCACUGAGGAAGUCAUUCAAGCAAUGAAAGUACCAAUCGAAGAGCAACCGAAAUAUUCAACUGAAACAAUUCCCACAACAGAGAAAGUAAUUGAAGAAGCUCCGAAAGUACCAAUUGCAAUUGUCGAAGAGAAACCAAAAACAAAGUCUACUGAACAAAUAAAAACAAUUGUUGAGGAAGAAGCAAUAAAAGAAAAACCAUUAAUAGAUCAACCAACCGAAGAAAAGUCUACAAUUGAAAAAAUCGUUUUUGACGUACCAGCUACGACUGUUGUUGAAACUAUUACUAAAGAAGAAGUAACUACAACUGAAACUAUUCCAACAGUUAAAGAAAGUCUUACUACUACAGAAGAUAUUGAAGAAGGACCAAUCGUUGAAGAGGCUAUCACUAUUGAAGAAUUUGUCAAAGAAAAACCAAAAACUCAAACAGCAACUAUUGAAGAAACGAUCAUCACUGAAGAAGUUAUUCAAGAAAAAAAAGUACCCGUUGAAGAACAACCAAAAUAUUCCAUUGAAACAAUUUCCACUACAGAGGAAGUAAUUGAAGAAGCACCGAAAGUGCCAACUACGGUUGUCGAAGAGAAACCUGAAAUGAAACCUAUCGAGGAAGUGACUACUACUUUUCAAGAAGAGACAGUCGUAGAAGAAGAGAAACCAACACAAACACAACCAAUUGAAGAAGUGACAAAAGCUGAAGAGAGCAUCCCAAAAGCACAGACGACGACAAUUGAAGAAGAAAUCAAAACUAUUGAAGAACCGUUCGUUUCCAUUGAAAAACCAGUUGUCGAGCAACCGGUCACAGAAGAAGAAGAAAUACCAAUAACAGAAACUAUUUCAACAGUUACUGAGACUGUUAUUAUCACAGAAACGCCAUCAAAAGAAACAGUACCUGAUCAAGAGCAAUCAAAACUAACUACUGAGGUUAUAGAAGAAUAUAAAACUCCUAUCACUGAACAACCAACAAUAACAGCAAUUACUGAAGAAACUACUACUAUUACAGAACAAGUAAUACCGGAAGAUACAGUUCCAUCCGUAGUAGAAACACCGAAAACUAUUGAAAAAAUUCCAACUGCGGAAGAAAAACCAACAGAACUAAUUUCCACCGUCGAGGAAGUUACACAAGAAAAACCUUCGGUAGAUGAACAAAUAAAACCCAUAAUCGAAAUAGUCUCAACUAUUGAAGACAUAAUUCCUACAGAAAAGAUUGAAGAGCAACCGGUGCCGAAAGAAGAAACUCCAAAAGCACCUACUACAGUUACUGAAGAACUUGUUGAAAAGAAAAUUGAAUUAAAACCUAUUGAGGAAAUAACUACUAUCACUGAAGAAAAGUUAACAAGUGAACAAGAAAAACCAACGAUAACUCAACAAGUUGAAAAAACGUCUGAAGUUGAAGUUCCGACCACAACUGUAUCAGAACAAAUCACAACAACUAAGGAAGAAUUGACUACUCUCGAAAAGCCUACUGUAGAAGAUGUUGUUCAAAAAGACAUAGUACCUUCAGCAGAAGAAGUAGUUAAAAUCCCUGAAGUGCCAGCUCCAGUUGCCGAAGAUGUAGCUGCAGAAAAAUCUGCAAUGAAACCAGACAUAAUUCAAACAGUAGAAGAAUCCAAAACAGAACAAAUCCUUUCUGAAACAUCGAUAAAACCAUCUGAAGUUCCGCAUGAAACUAAAGAGACUAUAACUACUACGGAACAAGUGUACGAAGAAAAGAAAGUACAUUUUCAGGAACAACCCAAAGAGACUAUCGAAACAAUAGAAGACAAGACCAUAACAGCUACUGAACAGCCAAAAUCAACAACAUCCAUUAUUGAGGAUGAAACUACUACUCAAACACUUGCACCGGAAGAGACAGUUUCGGAACAAGAGCAAAUAAUAACUCCGCUAGUUCAAGAUACGAUUGUCGAACAACAACCAGUAGUGACAGAAACAGUGACUACCGAAGAAAUUUUUCCUACUUCUGUACAAGUUAAACAAGAAGAGACAAUAUCAACAGUAGUAGAUACAACAAAACCUACUGAAACAGUUAUAGAAGAAAAACCGAUCGCACCAACGCCAAUUAUCGAAGAAGUGCCUACUACCGAGAAGAUCAUUCAAGAAACGAAAGCAUCAGUAGAAGAACAACCGAGAUAUCCAACUGAAACAAUUUCUACUACAGAAGAAGUUCCGAAAGUGCCAACUUCAGAAGUUGAAGAAAAACAAGAAACAAAACCUACUGAAUCAAUACCAACAGUUAUUGAAGAAGAAACAGAAAAACCAUUAAUAUAUCAACCAUCAGAAGAAAAGCCUACAGUUGAUAAACUCGUCUCUGACAUAGUAACUACAACAAUUGCGGAAGGAAUAAAAACUGUUGAAGAACAAAACUUAAUCUUAACUGAAAAACCAACUGUUGAAGAAAUUAUUACAAAAGAGGAGAUAACUACAACUGAAACUAUUCCAACAGAUAAAGAAACUUCUAUUACUACAGAAGAAACUAUUCAAAAGGAUGUGUCUCCUGUAAUAGAUGAAACACAAAAACUUACUGAAAAAGUCAUUGAAGAAAAACCGAAGCCAACGACUGCAGUAAUCGAAGAAGUGACUACCACUGAAGAGACCAUUCAAGAAACAAAAGUACCAGUCGAAGAACAACCGAAAAAGCCCAUUGAAACUACUUCCACUAUAGAGGAAGUGAUUGAAAAAGCUUCAACAGUACCAACUGCAAUUACUGAGGAGAAACCAGAAACAAAACCUACUGAACAGAAAACAACAGUCGUUGAAGAAGAAAAAGAAAAACCGUUAAUAGAUGAGCGAACCGAGGAGAAACCUACAGUUGAAGGAAUUAUCUCUGACAUACCUACUACAACUAUUGAAGAAACGGUGAUCACUAAAGAAGUUAUUCAAGAAGAGAAAGUACCAGUCGAAGAACAACCAAAACAUCCAACUGAUCAAACUUUACUUGUCGAAGAAAGGAUUGAAAAAAAACCUCUUGAAGAGGUAAUUAAAACUGUUCAAGAUGAAGACAUCAUUGAACAACAAAAACCAACGAUAACCAAGACAACUGAAGAGACGUUUGUGACAGAAAUGAUCGUCCCAGUAGUACCCACAAUGGUGCCUGAAGAAGAAAUCAAAACUGUUGAAGAACAGUUAACGUCAAUUGAAAAGCCAACUGUUGAACAAACUAUCACAACAGAAGAAGUAACCACAACCGAAACUAUUCCAACAGUUAAAGAAAUUCAAGAAGAUAUGUCUCCUCGAAUAGACGAGACACCAAAACCGACUGAAAAAAUACCAAUUUCUGAAGAGGAGGCUAAAAUAAAAGAAACGAUCAAAGAGCAACAAGCAGCAACCAUGACUAUUGAAGAAGUGAUUGAAAAACAACCUGAGUUCAAACCUACCAAAGAGGAAACGACAACCUAUCAACAAGAAACGAUUAUUACAGAAGAGAAACCAGUGGCAGAUCAGUCUAUUGAAAACAUCAUUGUUGAAACACCUACUGUAACUACUGAAGAGAAAACUAUCACAGUCGAAAAAGAACUGGUUUCCGAUCAAAAACCUAGUUUUGAACAAAUUGUUACAGAAGAAGAAAAAUCGAUUGUAACUACCGAACUAACGCAACCUGCAGAACUGCCAGUACAAAGAAUCGAAGAAAAUACCAAUCUAACGAUAACUGUUGAAACACCUAUCAGUAAAAACCUUGUACUAUUAAAAGAUGGUGUACCUUUGCCUGUUUCUGAACAUGUAAUAAUCACACCAAUUUCACCAACAACAACCACAAUAGAAAUUCUCAAAGCUAAGCCCGAAGAUGAAGGCGAAUAUACUAUAAUUGUCAAUGAACAAGAGCAACCAUUGGUGAAACUUGAAGUCACUCCAAAACCAGUCACCCGACAAGAAAUGCAAAUACCAAAAACACAAUUUAAUGAAAAAGAAACCCUUACUAUUGUUUGUCAAUUUGAUGCCACACCUGAAGAACCAUUUGUCUUUCUUCAUAAUGAUCAACGCAUUGUACCAGAUUCUCGUGUAACUACUACAGUAGAAGAUAAUAAAUAUACAAUAGUCGUAAAAGAUCUUCGACCAGAAGAAGAUGAAGGUGUUUAUACACUUAAAUCUGAUCAUUUGAUUCUUGAUACACCAUCAAUCACUGUUCUUCCUAAAGAAAAGAAACCACAGACUGAAACUACAACAGUCGAAGAGGAACAAGUAAUUGUUACAACUGUACCAGAAGAACAGAAAAAACCAAAACUACAAGAGGAACAGGUAAGUUUAGUUUUCGCGAAU